AUGUCUCUCUCCCUCGAAGAAAAGAUCCGUCUUUACGCUCGCCAGAUCCAGCGCUUCCACGAAUAUAGCGCUGGGACUGGUCGACCCAACAGCAAGAUCAUCAGGGGUUCUGAUGUCAAGCUCGCCGCUGCCCUUGAGCCUGUCUUCGGCUUGUAUGUGUCUGGUGACACAAAAGCCACGCAUGAGUCGUGGCCGUUUUACUGGCAGUUGCAUGGUAAGGCUCGUGUCCUUACGAGAGACUUGGAAUGGUUCAGACAUAUGGGACGCAAAUUACUCCAGGAUGGCAAGGUGGAGGUUUUAGACCUGCCGAAGUCGACGUACGAGGAGCCGCCCAAGCAGAACUGGGAUGAGUUGUAUGGACCUCCGGCUCCUGCGCUCACGGAGGCCCAGAGACAAGCAAUGUGGGCUGAGACUGGGACAAAUGACACAUGGCACCGUGUCAUCGAAAAGCCAAAGCCGCGACUCACCGUCUUCGAACGCAUAGCCCAAGACUCAAUGGAGUAUCUAUCUUCCCAGAAGGUGGCUGAUCAGCCUGAAGGUGACGACCUCAUCACAUUGGCAACUACCUCUGUGCCCGUCAAUAUCGCUCUUUGCGACUUUGAAUCUCUGUGUCUUGAAUAA